AUGCGCUCUUCCAGUGCUACUGCCUCCCUUAUCCUUUUGAACCUGAGACAUGUAAGCCACGUGUUCAUCAGCCCCCCUCCUGCUCACCUGCUCGCCCUGAUCACCUAUCCUGCUCACCUGCUCGCCCUGAUCACCUCUCCUGCUCACCUGCUCGCCCUGAUCACCUUUCCUGCUCACCUGCUCGCCCUGAUCACCUAUCCUGCUCACCUGCUCGCCCUGAUCACCUCUCCUGCUCACCUGCUCGCCCUGAUCACCUUUCCUGCUCACCUGCUCGCCCUGAUCACCUCUCCUGCUCACCUGCUCGCCCUGAUCACCUAUCCUGCUCACCUGCUCGCCCUGAUCACCUCUCCUGCUCACCUGCUCGCCCUGAUCACCUCUCCUGCUCACCUGCUCGCCCUGAUCACCUCUCCUGCUCACCUGCUCGCCCUGAUCACCUCUCCUGCUCACCUGCUCGCCCUGAUCACCUCUCCUGCUCACCUGCUCGCCCUGAUCACCUAUCCUGCUCACCUGCUCGCCCUGAUCACCUCUCCUGCUCACCUGCUCGCCCUGAUCACCUCUCCUGCUCACCUGCUCGCCCUGAUCACCUUUCCUGCUCACCUGCUCGCCCUGAUCACCUCUCCUGCUCACCUGCUCGCCCUGAUCACCUAUCCUGCUCACCUGCUCGCCCUGAUCACCUCUCCUGCUCACCUGCUCGCCCUGAUCACCUCUCCUGCUCACCUGCUCGCCCUGAUCACCUCUCCUGCUCACCUGCUCGCCCUGAUCACCUCUCCUGCUCACCUGCUCGCCCUGAUCACCUCUCCUGCUCACCUGCUCGCCCUGAUCACCUAUCCUGCUCACCUGCUCGCCCUGAUCACCUCUCCUGCUCACCUGCUCGCCCUGAUCACCUCUCCUGCUCACCUGCUCGCCCUGAUCACCUCUCCUGCUCACCUGCUCGCCCUGAUCACCUCUCCUGCUCACCUGCUCGCCCUGAUCACCUCUCCUGCUCACCUGCUCGCCCUGAUCACCUCUCCUGCUCACCUGCUCGCCCUGAUCACCUCUCCUGCUCACCUGCUCGCCCUGAUCACCUAUCCUGCUCACCUGCUCGCCCUGAUCACCUCUCCUGCUCACCUGCUCGCCCUGAUCACCUCUCCUGCUCACCUGCUCGCCCUGAUCACCUUUCCUGCUCACCUGCUCGCCCUGAUCACCUCUCCUGCUCACCUGCUCGCCCUGAUCACCUAUCCUGCUCACCUGCUCGCCCUGAUCACCUCUCCUGCUCACCUGCUCGCCCUGAUCACCUCUCCUGCUCACCUGCUCGCCCUGAUCACCUCUCCUGCUCACCUGCUCGCCCUGAUCACCUCUCCUGCUCACCUGCUCGCCCUGAUCACCUCUCCUGCUCACCUGCUCGCCCUGAUCACCUAUCCUGCUCACCUGCUCGCCCUGAUCACCUCUCCUGCUCACCUGCUCGCCCUGAUCACCUCUCCUGCUCACCUGCUCGCCCUGAUCACCUCUCCUGCUCACCUGCUCGCCCUGAUCACCUAUCCUGCUCACCUGCUCGCCCUGAUCACCUCUCCUGCUCACCUGCUCGCCCUGAUCACCUCUCCUGCUCACCUGCUCGCCCUGAUCACCUCUCCUGCUCACCUGUUCGCCCUGAUCACCUCUCCUGCUCACCUGCUCGCCCUGAUCACCUCUCCUGCUCACCUGCUCGCCCUGAUCACCUCUCCUGCUCACCUGCUCGCCCUGAUCACCUAUCCUGCUCACCUGCUCGCCCUGAUCACCUCUUCUGCUCACCUGCUCGCCCUGAUCACCUAUCCUGCUCACCUUCUCCACCUGAUCACCUCUCCUGCUCACCUGCUCGCCCUGAUCACCUCUCCUGCUCACCUGCUCGCCCUGAUCACCUCUCCUGCUCACCUGCUCGCCCUGAUCAUCUCUCCUGCUCACCUGCUCGCCCUGAUCACCUCUCCUGCUCACCUGCUCGCCCUGAUCACCUCUCCUGCUCACCUGCUUGCCCUGAUCACCUCUCCUGCUCACCUGCUCGCCCUGAUCACCUAUCCUGCUCACCUGCUCGCCCUGAUCACCUCUCCUGCUCACCUGCUCGCCCUGAUCACCUAUCCUGCUCACCUGCUCGCCCUGAUCACCUCUCCUGCUCACCUGCUCGCCCUGAUCACCUCUCCUGCUCACCUGCUCGCCCUGAUCACCUAUCCUGCUCACCUGCUCGCCCUGAUCACCUCUCCUGCUCACCUGCUCGCCCUGAUCACCUCUCCUGCUCACCUGCCCGCCCUGAUCACCUCUCCUGCUCACCUGCUCGCCCUGAUCACCUCUCCUGCUCACCUGCUCGCCCUGAUCACCUCUCCUGCUCACCUGCUCGCCCUGAUCACCUCUCCUGCUCACCUGCUCGCCCUGAUCACCUCUCCUGCUCACCUGCUCGCCCUGAUCACCUCUCCUGCUCACCUGCUCGCCCUGAUCACCUCUCCUGCCUGCUCACCUGCUCGCCCUCCCAUGUCUUCCAAGGUGGCAGAUGCGAGGCUCUGA